CGGCUCCGCUCUGCGGCCCGGUCCGCUCGGAAGGACCGCGCCAUGCGGAGCCGCAUCCCGCCCCACACCGCGUGAGCCGGGCCCGCGGCGCCGCUGCCAGCCAUGGACACUGAUAACCAUUUUGGCUAUGCGGGUCUUCCCCCCGCACCCACUGCCUCAGGACUGAAACCCACCGCGCCUUCCUCAGGGGACAGCCCGUACAGCAACGGGGCCGCGCUCAGCUUCCCCCCCCAGGGGAAAAGUCUGAACGGGGGCAUGAAUGUCAACGGCUUCUCUACUGUAUCUCACACCACUACUUCAGGGACCUUCACCUCCAGCACGCAUUCCUCGGGGCCCCCCCACCUCCACCCCUACGACUGCCUCUGGGACUACACACAGUUCCAGCCCCCCGGUGGCCUCAAGGACGGCAGCCUCGCUCAGUUCCCCCUCAACGGCGUCUCUGGGGGCUCCAGGCCCUCCUCCCCCGGGCACAGCGCGAACCUUCGGGGCGGGGGGACGGAGCUGUGGGGCAACGGCACGUCUGGACCCAUGGGGCUGAACUUUGACUCUCAGGAGCUGUACGAUUCCUUCCCGGAGCAGAGCUUCGAGCUGAUGCCCAACGGCCCCACCGGCUUCUACGCAGCCCCGCAGCCGUCCCCGAUGCUGGGCUCUGGAGAGCCGCCCUUCCCGUUGCCCGAGGAGGAGUUGGGGGGUGAUGCGGACGAUGCUGAGGCCUCCAAGGAGCUGCCGCCCCCCAUUGCUGAGAACGGGGCCGGGCUGGUGGGCAGCAUGGAGCUGGAGGACACGCAGCCAGACCUGAAGCUCUGUGCUUACGACGGCGCAGCGCCCGCCGCGGUGCCGCUGGGCCGGGACAGCCCAGGCCUGACCUCCAGCACCGCCAGCCUGGGGCCCGCAUCGCCUAUGGGCGCGCCGCUGGAGGACGCGCAGCUGCUGAGCGCGGACCCCCUGGAGCCCUUCGAGGCCUUGGCCGGAGACCCCGACACCGGUGACCUCUAUGCGAUGGAUGAGGCGCAGCUGGUGGGCGACAAAUCCCCCCUGGAGGAGCCCCCCGACGACGCGCCCGGCCCCCCUCUGCCUGCCGCCAGCCCCCCACUGCAUGCUGCCAGCCCUUUCAGCCUGCUGGCAGCCCACCGCCCGGCCCCCCCGCUGCUGCCCAGCCCUGACUCGCCGCCCCCCCUGCACGACAGCAGCCCAGAGCUGAGCAGCGCACGUGCAGGGCCGGAGCAGUCGGGGUCUCUGGAGCUCAGCGCUGCACUGGAGCCCGAAUCCCCGUGUCCUUCUGCUGAGGAAGAGGAGGAGGAAGAGGAGGACGAGGAGGAGGAGGUGGCUGACAGCUGCACGGAGGCUUCAGCUGCUCCAGAAGGAGAGAGCAAGGAGGCGGCUGCCCCACUGAGUGCAUCGGUGGGAGGCGAUGUCCCACGCAGGCGCAUCGCCACCCCCGAGGAGGUGCGCUUCCCUCUGCAGCACGGGUGGAGGAGAGAGGUGCGCAUCAAAAGGGGAAACCACCGCUGGCAGGGAGAGACGUGGUACUAUGGGCCGUGCGGGAAGAGGAUGAAGCAGUUCCCGGAGGUGAUCAAGUACCUGAACAGGAACGUGGUGCAGGAUGUCCGCCGUGAGCACUUCAGCUUCAGCCCCCGAAUGCCAGUGGGGGAUUUCUAUGAGGAGCGAGACACACCGGGGGGUCUGCAGUGGGUGAAGCUGAGCCCCGAGGAGAUCCCGUCCCGUAUCCAAGCCAUCACUGGGAAGCGCGGCCGACCCCGCAAUGCCGAGAAGGCGAAGCCCAAGGAGCUGCCUGCCAUGAAGCGCGGCCGCGGGCGGCCCCCCAAGGCCCGGAUGGUGGAUCUGCUGAGCAAGACGGACGCACGGCUGCUGAAGAGGCUGGAGGCCCAAGAGGUGCUCAGUGACGAGGACAAGCUGAAAAUGAGCAAAAUCAAGAAGAAAAUGAGGCGGAAGGCCAAAAACAAGCAGAAGCAGGAAGCAAAAGCUCCCAAAGCGAAGGAAGCCAAGAAGAAGACCAAGGCCAAGGAGAAAAAAGGCAAAGCGGAGAAGGGCAAGGAGAAGGGGCGGCCCAAGGAGAAGAAGGGCAAAGGGGCGCGCAGGGUGGACAAGGGGCUGCUGGCCCAGCGGCGCCUGGAGGAGCGGCGGCGGCAGCAGCUCAUCCUGGAGGAGAUGAAGAAGCCGACGGAGGAUAUGUGCCUGGCGGACCACCAGCCGCUGCCGACCUUCUCGCGCAUCCCAGGCCUGGUGCUUCCCAGCCGCGCCUUCUCCCACUGCCUGACGGUGGUGGAGUUCCUGCAGAGCUAUGGCAAGGUGCUGGGCUUCGACCCCAGCAGGGACGUCCCCAGCCUGAGCACGCUGCAGGAGGGGCUGCUGGGGGUGGGCAGCAGCGCCGGUGCGGUGCAGGACCUGCUGGUGCAGCUGCUGCAGGCUGCGCUCUAUGACCCCGGGCUGCCCCCCUACUGCCAGUCCCUGAAGAUCCUGGGUGAGAAGGUGUCAGAGAUCAGCCUGAACCGUGACACCGUCUCGGAGGUGCUGCGCUGCUUCCUGACAGCACACGGUGCUGAAGCCGAGCUGUGCGCAGGGCUGCGCACCAAACCCUUCCAGGCGCUGCUGCCGGAGCGCAAAGCUGCCAUCCUGGCCUUCCUGGUCAAUGAGCUCAACAGCAGCGCCCGCAUCAUCAGUGAGAUCGAUAAGACACUGGAGAGCAUGUCGGCCUACAGGAAGAACAAGUGGAUCAUUGAGGGACGGCUGCGCCGGUUGAAGGUGGCCCUGGCCAAGAAAACGGGCCGCCCCGAGUCAGAGCUGAUGGCACUGGAGGACGGGCGACGCCGGCGCAGCUCACGCCUGUGUGAGGAGCCAGGGCUGGAGCUGGAGGAAGAGGAGGAGGGUCGGGGCCGCCGCUCCCGCCGGGACGAGGAGGCCGACACGUCCACCUCCAGCAUCCCUGAGCUCGAGCGGCAGAUCGAGAAGCUGGCUAAGCGGCAGAUGUUCUUCCGCAAGAAGCUGCUCCACUCCUCGCAGACGCUGCGGGCUGCUUCGCUGGGCCAGGACCGGUACCGGCGGCGGUACUGGGUGCUGCCCCACCUGGGGGGGAUCUUCGUGGAGGGGGCGGAAGCGCCCGAGGAGCGCCCGGAGGAGCCCCCGGAGCAGAAGGCUCCGUGCCCGGUGCCCGCGGUGAAGGAGGAGCCACCGGAGCCCGAGGUGCCGGUGCCGGUUCCCCAGCGGGUAACCAUGAACUGUGUGGCCGCACGCGCCCGAGGGCGGCCACGGAAGAGCAAAGAGGAGCCGCCCCCCCCGCCCGUCCCCCCGCCCGUCCCCCCACCCAUGCCCCCCAAAUCGCCGCCCAUCAACGGGGCCCUGGAGGAGCCGCUGGCCCUGGGGCAGAGCCAACACGACCUCAGCCAGUCCGCCUUCCUGUCGUGGCUCAGCCAGACGCAGCCCUCGCUGCUCGCCGAUGCUGUGCUCACCCCAGACAGCAGCCCUGGAGCGGGGGAUGUGGAGCUGCCGCCCCUCGAGGCCUCAUCUGACCCCACAGAGGAGAGCAGCACAGAGACUGCGGAUAUGCAGGGGCCGUGGUUCAGCCCCCUGCCCCGCGAUGGCAGAGUCCCCCGCACGCCCUCCUCGGCUGAGCCCCCACCACCCCACAGGGAGCAGCCCAAGGCCUCAGCCAGGCAGCUGAAUGGGCUCCCAGCAGAUGACUCCACCUCCCCUCUGCUCGCCUCCACCCCAGUCCCUGCUGGUGCCAGGGCCCCCCCUGCCUGCCCCCGCAGCCGGAGCGGCCCGGAGAAGCUGCAGGACACCCCGGGGCAACCCAAGCGCCGGGGGCGGCCCCCCACCAAAUUCUUCAAGCAGAUGGAGCAGAAGUACCUGACGCAGCUGACGGAGCAGCCGGUUCCCCCCGAGAUGCGGAGUGGGUGGUGGUGGCUGCAGGACCCCGAGCAGCUGGAGGCGGUGGCGCGAGCGCUGCACCCGCGCGGCAUCCGGGAGAAAGCGCUGCACAAACACCUGACCAAGCACAGGGAGUACCUGCGGGAGGUCUGCCUGCGUGCUGCCACGGACCCCAUCUUCCAUCCCCGCCCCGAGGCGGCCGCCGUCACCGCCGCGUCUCAGGAAGCGUUGGCCCAGUGGUCGGUGAUGGAGAGGACGUACGAGGCCGACCUGUCGGUGCUGCAGUGGGUGGAGGAGCUGGAGCAGCGUGUGCUGAUGGCCGACCUGCAGAUCCGGGGGUGGACGUGCCCCAGCCCCGACUCCACGCGCGCUGACCUGCGGUACUGCGAGCACAAAGUGGAGCCUCUGGAGGACAUCACGGUGCGCAGCCGGCGGGACGGGCUGCCCCCGCGCCGCGAGGACACCAACCCUCUGGACCUGGCGGUGCUGCGCCUGGCGGCGCUGGAGCAGAACGUGGAGCGGCGCUACCUGAAGGAGCCGCUGUGGGCGCCGCACGAGGUGGUGCUGGAGAAGGCGGUGCUGAGCGGCCCCGAGGAGCUGAGCCCUACGGAGAUUGCCUACGAAAUCACCCCCCGCGUGCGGACGUGGCGGCAGACGUUGGAGCGGUGCCGCAGCGCAGCUCAGGUGUCGCUGUGCAUCCACCAGCUGGAGCGCUCCAUCGCGUGGGAGAAGUCCGUCAACAAAGUGACGUGCCUGGUGUGCCGGCGCGGGGACGACGACGAGAACCUGCUGCUGUGCGAUGGCUGCGACCGCGGCUGCCACCUCUACUGCCACCGCCCGCGCAUGGCGGCCGUGCCCGAGGGCGACUGGUUCUGCUCGGUCUGCGUCUCGCGGGCACAGCAGUACCCGGAGCCCCUCACCCCGCGGCGGGGGAAGAAGCGGAAGCGAGGCCGCGUGCCCGGGGGGGGCGCAGUGGAGGACGGCAGCCCGCGCCGCAGGGCGUCGUCGCGGCGUCCCGAGGGGGCGUCCCCGGCCAAACGGCGUGCAGCCCCCCCGCGGGGCCCCCCCGGCGAUCUGACCUUCUGCGAGAUCAUCCUGAUGGAGAUGGAGGCGCACGAGGACGCCUGGCCCUUCCUGGAGCCCGUCAACCCCCGCCUGGUGCCCGGCUACCGCCGCAUCAUCAAACACCCCAUGGACUUUGGCACCAUGCGAGUGCGGCUGCUGCGGGGCGGGUGAGUGCAGCGCUCCUCCUGUGACCCCCCGCGACUUC